UGUCACAGUAAAUGUGCCCUAAUUUUGUUCAAAAUUUAAAGGAUAUAUAUAAACGAAGCAGUGAUUUUGGGAACAAAAUUGUCGGCUUGUCCAAUUCGGCACUUGAUCAGGUCAGGAGGGACAGUGGAUACGCAGUGAGCAGGAAGUACCUUGCUCUAUUGCACAUGUCAGCGUGCACAUCCCUGGUUAUAUAGGCACGAUCUGCAACAGUGUCUGGCUGCAACUCGAUCCACUCCGGCAGUGAAUUGCUCUCCCUGCGAGAAUGACGGAGGAUAUCCCUUAUGUCGAUGUAGUAGUUAACAAAGAAAGCCCCAGGGAUGGUUUGCUAAAGGUGUCAGCUUACGCCCGUCCACGCUGGAAGGAAGAUGACAUUAAAAUUGAGCUAUUACAACAAGGCUUUAUCAACCACAUGUUUCUAUGCAAAGUCAAUGGGAACGAGACAGACUGGUUGGUUGCCCGGAUCUUCGGGGUCGCCGUUGAUGCAAAGAUUGACAAGAGAAAGUCAGAACUCUCAAACUCGAAGCUGAUGUCGGAGCUUGGCAUAGGCCCACCCGUCUAUGCCACGUUCAGGAACGGCUUAAUUUUCGGAUACGUUAUGGGAAAGACCUAUUUCUGGACUGACUUUUCCGCUUUUAAAGAUGGCAAACUCCUGAACGCUGUCGCUCGACUAAUUGCAAAGUUACACAGCAAGGCUACUAAACAGAUUGCAAUUGAAAAAUAUGGCGUGUCAUUGGGCAGUGACAUUGGAAAGGUUGUCAAUGACCUGAGCGAGAUGGGAUGGCCUGAUGUCAUAGUUGACGAAGAAACAACUCAAUGGUUUCUCAGUCAAGUUACGACCGAAGAUGUCCGAAAGAAGGAAUUGACACUGAUCUUGGACAGUAUUAGGAACCUUGGUGAAGAGCGGAUCUUUUGCCACAAUGAUUGUAACCCCACUAACGUCAUUUUUGAUGAAGAGAAUGACCGCGUGACCCUGGUGGACUUUGAGAUGUGUGGGCUCGGCCAACCUUUCGGGGAUCUUACCAUGAUCCUGCACUUGUCUGCUACAGGGUAUGAUCCAACCCCCGAUAAUCGCCAUAGCGUGGAACUGCAAAAAGAGUUUAUUCGUACAUAUCUUGCAGAAUUAAAGCGAUUGGAUGGGUCAAGUAGUGACGUCACUGACAAGGAAGUUGAGCGGCUCCGCGAAAUAACUGAAGCUUAUUUCAUUGCCAUGACGUUCUUUUUCCACAUUAUCGCCGUCAGGCUCGUGAGCCCAGGGCGGCCUAUUGACCCCAAGGUGUUACUCGGAACCAGCACAACCAGGCUAAAAUGGUACUGGAAGAAUCGAGACAGAAUGCUGGAGAUUUUGAACAGAUAUGCUGCAACUUCCUCCAGAACAGGAAGCUAAGAAAAGCGAAAAUGUGUUUUUCUACUUAUUCAAAACAGCUACAACAAUAUAAACGUACUAACAAAUGUCUAUCAAUGUCUAUGUCUACCAGCAAAUCCACGUUGAGUGCCAUAUAGAACAGGAAUUAUUUGUCGAUGAACCGGCCUGAUCGGAGUUUUCAAAUUUGUUAUUGUCGUCUGCUAGCGCUGUGGUAACCAUAUAUAGCGGACAGUGACAUGAUGACAAUGUCCGUUAGAGGUAAUGCUUAUUUCACUCACACUAAUUUACUGUUGUUGACUCAUGAUCGCAAUAUGAUUUCAAUUGAGUGGUAAUUAGUUGGAAAAAGAAUUCCUGGCAUUUUUUUUACAUGCCAUAAUUAUGUCAGCUGCAAUUGGACUUAUGGUCACUUCAUUAUAUGCACCACGAAUGGAAAAGAUCAACGUGUUGACCUCUGCAGGAUUGCAAUGUAAUAGCUGCAAAGCCUUGCACGUUUAAGGCUCAAAGUUGGGCGCACUAUUUGUGGAACACCCAGCAGUGCAUUGGUGUUAAACAUGCUCAAAGGAUUUCCUGAGUCUUACACCGAGUGUGAUCCGAUUACAAACAACAUCCAGUUACACCAUUGUGAAAGAAAAUCGAAUCAAGAGUGCCGUUGGCGACAAUUACGCCGGUUCUCGCCAUGCUACUAUCAUAAACUGUUCUUUCUGGCAGUUGUACUGAAAUCUGCUAACCGUGGAGCGUCGGCGACAUAUGAAUCGAAUCGACGAACUGCAAGGUUUAGGCUUGACACAGAACUACCUCUCAAAUUUACCGUAAUCACACCAUUCCGCAAUCAAGACCAGGGGUUGUUGCAGCAUACUUCGUAAUUUGUAAUUAGCAUCACCAAUGUUUCACUCUGAAAGCCUGCUAUAAUCUAUGUUUGGAUCAUCAUUUUUUGCAUAAAACAUAUGCAUAAAUGCAGGACAGCUUUCAUCCGUAACUUAUUGCCAGACACCGCGAUAACACAGCAGUCAAUACCCUGGAGUCCGCAGGCUAUAGGUAAGGCCUAAAUACUCUAGUUUCUCACUUCUAACGUCCAGUCAUAUCUUUAUAGUGCACCUUUCUAGGCCUAUAAUGGGGGAAAUUGUAGGCCUUCUAUUUAAGCCACUAUUGCCAUUGAUGCUGCUGGUCAAUCAAUCAAGAAACUUACUUCCGUCGUGGGCUCACCAAAAUGAACACAUCCACUGGCUUACUGCAGUGGACGUUAGGCGUGCGAAACCCGAGUAUUUCACGAAUCUUGAUCGAUACAGAUAGCAAGUACCAAUUUAUCACUGGAUAUAUAUGUUACGUUGU